AUAGAUAGAAUAUUCGGUGCGGAGAUCCCGUUGUCAAAUUUUCCCAAUACAUAUUCCCACUCAACAACAAUCAAAUAUAAAUACCCCAAAACCUUUCUCUUCUACCCUCAGGCUCCAUCAUCAUCAUCAUCAACCUAACCAACCAAAUCCUCUCUCCCUCUCUCUCUCACCAAAAAAUGGCUCUCAAAGCCGUCCACGUCUCCGACGUUCCCUCCCUCGACCUCGUGCCAGAAAAUCCCUCCCUCUCCCUCCUCAACCGUUUCCCCAACGGUUUGGAGAUGAGCAAUGGCGGAUUCAAAUUGCCCAAGUUCGUUGUGAUCGGACACAGAGGAAACGGAAUGAAUGUUAUUCAAUCUUCUGAUCGGAGAAUGAGAGCCAUCAAAGAAAACUCCAUCAUGUCUUUCAACGCCGCUUCUUCUUUUCCUCUUGAUUUCAUUGAAUUCGACGUUCAGGUCACCAGAGAUGACUGCCCAGUCAUUUUCCAUGAUGAUUACAUCUACUCUCAGGAAAAUGGUAAUGUGUUUGGGAAGAGAAUACCUGAGUUGUGUCUAUCUGAGUUUCUUUCCUAUGGGCUUCAAAGAGAGGCUGGAAUGGAAGGAAAAGUUUUGGUAAGAAAAACAAAAGAUGGAAGGAUAUGUAAUUGGGAAGUUGAACAAGAUGACACACUUUGUACCCUUCAAGAAGCGUUUCUCAAAGUUGAACCUUCUUUGGGUUUUAACAUUGAGUUGAAAUUUGAUGACCAUAUUGUUUAUGAGCAAGCUUAUCUUAUUCAUGUCCUUCAAACCAUCUUAAAGGUUGUUAUGGAUUAUGCCAAGGAUAGGCCUGUUAUAUUCUCUACUUUUCAACCUGACGCUGCUAUACUUGUUAGGAAAUUGCAAAGAACAUACCCUGUUUUCUUUUUGACUAAUGGAGGGAGUGAAUUUUAUGAAGAUUUGAGGAGAAACUCCUUGGAAGAAGCCUUGAAGCUUUGUUUGGAAAAUGGAUUGGAAGGAAUUGUCUCUGAGGUUAAAGGGAUAUUUAGAAAUCCAGGAGCAGUAAGCAAGAUCAAGGAGUCCAAUCUUUCUCUUUUAACAUAUGGAAAAUUGAAUAAUGUUCCAGAAGCGGUUUACAUGCAGCACCUAAUGGGAAUUGAUGGGGUGAUAGUAGAUUUUGUGCAAGAGAUAACAGAAGCAGUUGCAGAUAUGAUGAAACCAUCAAAAAUUGGUGAGGAAGAGGAGUUGAGUGAAGGAAUUGGGAAGGUGGAAGGGAAGUCAAAGCCUCAAUUUUCACAGCUUGAGCUGUCUUUUCUUUACAAGCUCAUUCCACAAUUGCUUUUGUUAUAACAUGAAAGCGAUGUCUUUUUUUCCAUAUUAAACACAUUGGUAGAAAUUGGGGACGUUCUACGAAUGCUUUAAUUCUUUGUACAUAUAUGUUUUCUACGUUUCACUUUGAGGAUGGAAGAAAUUGUGGUUAUGUAUUAGUAAUACAUAGUUUGGAGGUCCUCCAUUGAGAUUGAAAUGAAAUAUGGUUGAUACUAA